AUGGCGACCAAAUACACCCUCCGGUCUAGACACCGGAUGCUAUCGGGCCAUGAGAUCCCGGUCAUUGGAUACGGGAUGGUAACCCCGCAUAGCAGCCCGACUAAUAACGACAGCCCUCCAUCCGUGACAGAAAAGGUCACCGCAGAGGCAAUUAAGGCGGGAUUCCGCCAUAUUGACUCGGCCAUCAUGUACGGAAACGAGAAGGCCUGUGGCCAGGCCUUGCUGAACUCUGGAAUUGACCGCUCUGAGCUAUUCUUCACGACCAAGAUCCCACCAGGAUCAAUGGGAUAUUCUCAGACGAAGAGAGCUGUGGACUCGAGUCUGCGAGAGGCAGGCCAUGCCUAUUUCGAUCUAAUCCUCCUCCACGCCCCCUAUGGCGGCAAAGAAGCCCGUCUUGGAUCGUGGCGCGCACUGGUUGAGGCCCAGAAAGCAGGCAAGACCAAGUCCAUUGGUGUCUCCAACUUUGGUGUCCACCACCUGGAAGAGCUGGAGGAGUACAUCAAAGGCGGAGGCGGCGGUGAGAUUUCCGUCGGCCAGUGGGAGUUGCACCCGUGGCUGGACCAUUCUGAUAUCGCGGAGUGGUGCCAUGAGCGCGGGAUCAUCGUCGAGGCGUACUCACCUCUGGCACAUGGUGAGCGGCUUCGGGAGCCGGUACUGAAGAGUCUCGGGCAGAAGCACGGCAAGAGCCCGGCUCAGGUUUUGAUUCGAUGGAGUUUGCAGAUGGGAUUCCUGCCUCUGCCCAAAUCUGUGACUCCGCACCGGAUCAAGGAGAACGCGGAGGUGUUUGACUUUGAGUUAUCAGCGGAGGAUAUGAAAUUGUUGGAUACUGGGGAGUAUUCGCCGACGGAUUGGGAUCCAACCGUGGAUGUGGAUUAG